AUGGCGCCUGUCGAGAUCGAAAGCAAGGCCCUGGUCGACUUCAAUCAGAAGAGCUUGUUCGUUUCUGCCGCCGCCAUUGCAUUCAACCCCCUGUUCUGGAACAUCGUUGCGAGACAAGAGUACAAGAACAAGGUCCUCACAAAGCUCUUUGGUGGACGCUCUCAGAUCGCCUGCUACGGCCUGGCCGUCACUAUCUUUUCUCUCGGCAUCUUCCGUGACCUCCUCUACGAACGCGCCCUUCGCUUCCAACCCGCCCACCCUCUACUCUCGUCCGAUGCGGUGACCUAUGUCGGAUAUGCCCUCGUGGCCUGUGGCAACGUUCUCGUUCUCUCUUCGACGUGGCAGCUGGGCAUCACCGGCACCUUCCUUGGUGACUACUUCGGCAUCCUCAUGGACAGCAUUGUGACUGGCUUCCCCUUCAACAUCACCGAUGCCCCGAUGUACAAUGGCUCCACAAUGAGCUUCCUUGGCGCCGCUCUCAUCUACGGCAAGCCCGCCGGCAUCCUGCUGACCGUUUGGGUCUACAUCGUCUACCAAGUUGCCCUGAGCUACGAGAACCCCUUCACCGCCGGCAUCUAUGCCAAGAGGGACCGCGAGCGUGCCGCCGGCAAGGACACCAAGAAGGCUAGGUGA